AUGCUUUUCACCAACACAAAAUUUCUUUCUGUCCUCGCCGCUGCUGCAGCAGUCAAAGGUGCUCCAGUCGAGGGCAACGACAUCCAAGCUCGCGCAGUAGUCAACCACGAUUCUAUCAAUCCAUGGCCAGAGAAUGUGCCAGGCGGUGCCCUCGGUAACACCUUGAAGAGAUUUGAGCCUUACCUCCACAUUGCUCAUGGAUGCCAGCCAUACAGCGCGGUUGACGGCUACGGUAACACCAGUGGCGGACUUCAAGACACCGGAAAUAUCUCCGCUGGCUGCCGUGAUCAAGCCAAGGGUCAAACCUAUGUUCGGGGUGCCUGGUCUGGUGGAAAAUAUGGUAUCAUGUACGCCUGGUAUUUCCCCAAGGAUCAACCAGCCGCUGGAAAUGUUGUCGGAGGUCAUCGCCACGACUGGGAGUACGUCGUCAUUUGGACCAACAACCCAGAAGUCGCAAAUCCCGAAUUGCUUGGUGGGGCUGCCUCCAGCCACAGUUCCAAUAGGAAGUCAACCUCCAUACCAACACAGGGUACCAGACCCAAGGUCGAGUACUUUGUCGAAUUCCCAACCAACCACGAGUUGCAAUUCACAAACACUUUGGGAAGAGAUUUACCCAUGAUGUGGUACGACUUCUUGCCAGCAGUUAGCAAGACGGCCUUGGACAACACAAAAUUCGGUGAUGCUAACUGUCCAUUCAACAACGCCAACUUCGCAAGGAAGCUCGCAGAGGCACAAAUCUAA